AUGCUCGCGAACGACUACCGGCCUAAGGACGCACCAGACACCGGAAUCGGUCUGCUAAUAGGUUCUGACUAUAUGUGGCAAGCAAUCACCGGUGAAGUUGUGCGAUGUCCAGACGUGCCAGGUCUGGUGGCAAUGGAGACAAUAUUUGGUUGGACGGUACAAGGACCUAUCAGUCAGAAGACCCUUUUGGACUGUGGCACUCACCUGCUUGUCAGUGUCUUGCGUGUGGAUGCAACCGAAGAGGAAUCGACUGCAGAAAUUCUACAGUCUUUCUGGCGACUCGAGUCUAUGGGCAUUACUGACUCCAACGAAUGUCUCGCUGACCGGAACAUGCUACAGUUUAAGGAGACCGUUAGGAAGUCAGGCGGCCGGUACUCGGUGGCCCUACCAUGGAAAGAAGAUCGCAAGCAUCUUCUAGGCGACAAUCGGGACACAGCAAUUAACCGGCUCCAUAAGCUCGUCAGAAGACUCUCGCAGCAUGAUGGCCUAAUGGAGAAAUACGACACGACCAUACGUCAAUACUGGCAAAUGGGACAUGCUGAAGUGGUGCCGGAGCGACAAUCUGAUAAUGCCGUGUACUACAUGCCGCAUCGCGAGGUUGUACGAGAAGACUCACUCACCACGAAACUGCGAGUAGUGUUCGACGCCUCGUCCCAUGAAAAGGGAUAUAUGUCACUGAACGACUGUUUGGACAAAGGUACAAACCUGAACCCGGAUCUGCUUCGAGUGUUGCUUCGUCUUCGACGCCACCCGAUAGCCAUCAACGCCGACAUCGAGAAAGCUUUCCUGCAGAUAGAAAUACAGGAAUCGGAUCGAGAUGUAUUUCGGUUUCUAUGGUUCGAGAACGUGCCCCGUGGUGAAAACGACAACAUUAUCGAAUGGCGAAUGACACGUGUGCCAUUCGGGUCGACAUCAAGCCCUUUUCUGCUGAUGGCAACGAUACACCACCACCUGGACAACGUAAGCGGUGAGCAAAAAACAUUGGCCCGGACGCUGAAGCAGAGUUUCUACGUGGAUGACCUGCUCGUAGGAGCCGACAGUUUUGACGAAGGCUUAGACGUGUACGAGAAGGCAAAGUCGAUUUUGGAAGGCGCUGCGAUGAACCUUCGGAAGUGGAAGACAAACAACGCUCAACUCCAGGAAGUGUUCUCGAAAAGCGAAGAGUGCCUGGAAGGAUUGGACAGUACUUCAGCAACGAUUCUAGGGAUGCACUGGAACACCGAAGAUGAUUACUUGGCAUGUUCUUCAAAGUCUGUCACGCAGUUCCUGCUUUCGGUCAAGGAGGACUCAAAGCGGACCAUCUUAAGAACAGCUUCCAGAAUAUUCGAUCCUCUCGGUAUUCUUUCGCCUUUCACGAUAAUAGCGAAGAUCUUAUUUCAGAAGUUAUGGCUGUUACGGAUACCGUGGGAUUCCAAGUUACCCAUGGAAAUCGAGAAGGCGUGGAAAGAAUGGUGUACUGAAGUUGCUCAGUUACACCUUAUUAAGAUACCGCGCUACGUCAUGAGUCAUCCGAAAGAAGAUAUCACCAUGACGCAAGUCCAUAUCUUCGUGGAUGCUAGUCCAAGGGCCUAUGGAGCAUGCGCGUACCUUAGAACGGUGGACCGCAAUGGCAGUUGUGGUACGAAGAUUGUCGUGGCUAAGUCUCGCGUGGCACCCAUAAAAGCCUUGACCAUGCCAAAGUUGGAACUAAUGAGUGCAGUUGUUGGAGCAAGGCUACUAAAAUACCUUAGGAAGUCAUGGGACACGGUUCAGUUCUCACAUAUAAUGUGGUCGGACUCGACAAUUGUUCUGAGCUGGAUACGGGCACAGCAAGAUAAACUCAGCCCCUUCGUGAGAAACAGAGUGGCCGAGAUAGCCGACUGCACCGACAAAGGGCAAUGGCGUUAUUGUCCUGGGGAGCAGAACCCAGCUGAUUAUCUGACACGGGGAUUAUCAGCGGCAGUGCUUCGGGAAAGCGUCAACUGGUGGAAUGGCCCAGAAUGGUUAGUUCAACCUGAAACCGCUUGGCCCAUCGAGAUCACUUCGGUUGCCGCCCAAGAAAACAGCUACGAACCAGAAACUCUACAGACAGAACUACUGCUACAGACGCAAGAACCCCUUGAAGAUGUCAUGAACGUCAAGAAGUACAGCAGCUUGACCAGGCUUCUUCGCGUCACAGCGACUCCAGUGAUCCUGGCUACACUCUCCGCCUGGUCCAAGGGCCUCUUUGGACCUCCAGCCCUGGCCGAGCGAAGAGGAUCUCCCACGGCUCCCUAG